CAUCGUGACGUAGCUCUUAUUGCGGUCAAGCGAUCUUAAUAUUUGGAAUAUAUUUUGCAUGCAAGGCCUGCGUAUAUGCGUGCAUAGUAUCUGCGUUAUAAGUUGCACGUACUGCCCAUUUAGUGUACUUAAACAAUUGUUUGCAACCUAUUUAAAGUCCAAGAGUUCCUUGGUAUCAUAAAACUAUCUCGCUAAAUCUAAUGGAUGUGAACGUAUCGUUUAUCUAACCAAAAUUUCCGAUUCCAGAUCAAAAUGACUUCCACAUCGUUCAACGUUGGUCUCACAGACAACACGAGGCUGUCCAGCAGGGUGCUCCGCCCCCCUGGCGGUGGUCACACCGACAUCUUCGGCGGGGAGCCCGAGCCUCCGCGCGGUCGCCGCCCCGCCCCUUCGGUGGUCGCUGCCGCUGCUGCCGCUCAAGAGGAACUAGCUAGGGCCGCGAACGGUGACGCUCAGAAUGGCCAGGCCAGCGAGCCUCAAGAGGCUUCCCAGCCUGAACCGAAGGCAGAAAGCCCAGUCAAGCCUGAGAGCCCUGCUAAACCUGACAGCCCUAAGCAGGAGAGCGCUCAGCCAGAACCAGCCAAGGCAGAACCCCCGAAACGCGUGCGCGUGCCUCCAGGCGGCUUCUCUUCAGGGCUCUGGUAAUCCUGGACGCAGCAGGUGUUAGGCGAACGGCCCAUUGCUUGUUAGGGUGCUAGGAUGUCGCUUUCUUGACUGCUUAUAGAAUCAGGCAACUAGCGCCUUGAUUGUUAAUUCUGAUGAAUAUUUGACCCGUAUUGGACCAUGCCUUUUGACGUAUUCUUAUGUCAUCUGUACUGAUCUAUUAGAGCUGUUAAAUGAAAAGAUGACAAAUUACCAAAUUACUUUUAUGCUUCUCUCUACUGUUUGUUGAGAUAUGAGGCUCCUUAAAAACAUACAAUACGAUUGUUUUAUUUUUAUGGAGACUCAUGCACGCAUUGUUUCACAUUCGCCUACGUCAGAACACGAGCCAUAUGUGUCAAAUUGCUCAAUGAUGAAGAACAAUCAAAAGAUUUUUGGUUACUAAAAUUACCAAAUUUUACCAUCUGUCACUGUCAAUGUGACGUUUCACACAAAAUGGCGGAUGUUAUCUGUAAAGCGAAAGUUCCAAAAGACUGUAAGUCAAUUUUUGAAGAUUCUUAGUAUCCAAAAACAAAGUGGUGUGGCCAUAGCCGCUUAGUUAAGAUUCUAGCUGGGACCAGUUGUUAGGUUGUAAUAUUCGUCGUGCCUUUGUAUUUGUUGUUGAAUGCUAGAAGCUUUAUUUGUUUAACGUUGGACUUACUGGUCCCACGCCAGUUCUCUUAGCGUUCUUAUAGUCAGCGUACUUUAUCCUCGCAGAAGGCAAUUUAUUUACUGUAAACGUAACGCGGGCUAGGUAUUAUUUUACUUGAUUAGGAGAUUAUUAUUAUUUUAACGUUUUAACGAUUAGCUUGUGUCAAAAGCGACUCGCUAGCCAAAACUCUCUAUUAGACUAAUGUAUUGUCACAAUUGGUUUUUAAAAUUUAUUAAUAAGUCUUAAAUUCUUGUAAAUUAUUCACAAAUCGUAUGUUUUACAUUGUACAAUGUUGUCUAUUCCUACAUAAGUGUGUCUAUGCUCUUCUAGAAAUUUCUAGAGCUUUCCAAGUCUGAAAAUAUAAGACUAUAAGCUUUUGUAUUCUAUUUUAACACAGACUGACAUGAUUGUGCCUGUUCGAAUGUACUUAAUGUUUGUCUCGAUUAGCAUUUGAAUAUUUUGCAGUUAGUGUUUUAUUAUAAAAUAAUAACAUUUUGUAUGCCUUCGCCGGCAAUGAUGCGAUUAUGUAUACUAAUAACUGUAU